ACUAGGCAGGCAUUCGCGUGUUGACGCUCGCUCGUGAAACACGUGUAAUAUCAAAACGUCUUUAUUUUUUAUUUAUAAAUUAAUUUUGUUUUGUGAUAAUGGCGCCAGUGUCGAACACAGUGGUCGGAAUCGAUGACGAUCAGAGAUUUGCUUUAAUGAAGUUCCGGAGAAGCGUGAAAGAUGUGGUGAAGCCAGAACAUAACGAUCAUUAUUUACUGCGAUGGUUAAGAGCUAGAAACUGGAAUCCAGAUGCGGCAGAAAAAAUGCUACGAGAUUCAUUAAAAUGGCGAGAAAAGUGGGGAGUGGACGAGCUACAGCAUUGGGAAGGACCAGAAAUUCUACAGAAGUAUUUUCCCAGUGGCAGCACGGGAUUUGAUAAAGAAGGAUCGCCUGUUAUAAUUGUCCCAUUAGUGGGCCUUGACGUGUGGGGUAUGCUGCAUUCAUUAAGCAAAUCUGACGUGAUCCGAAUGGUGAUAAAACACUUGGAGAACUACCUCGCCAUAGCGCAGAAGCAGGCGUUAACUCAUGGACCCGCUGCUUUGCAGGCUACAGUCAUCUUCGACCUAGAAGGAUUCAGUAUGAAGCAGUACGCGUGGAAGCCUGCCGCCGAAAUGGUGUUUACGUUGCUUCAAAUGUACGAAGCAAACUAUCCAGAGAUACUUAAGAUAUGUUUUAUUGUAAACGCACCGAAAGUAUUUUCUCUCGCGUUUUCCGUUAUCAAGAAAUUUAUGCACGAGUACACCAUAUCUAAAAUCAAGAUCUACGGCAGUGACUCUAAAAAGUGGCAGGCACAAAUACUGAUGCACGUGGACAAAGACCAGUUGCCUGUAUUUUACGGCGGCACUAUGGUGGAUGAGAACGGAGACCCAAAGUGCAGCCUAAUUGUGAAACCUGGUGGUAAAGUGCCAAAGAGCUACUAUUCAAAGAAUUCCGACAAAGAAUCGUCGAAAGAGUACACACGAGUUACGAUCAAGACUGGCGAAAAGCACUCGGUAGACUUGUUAUGUGACUCUGAUAGUGUUUUGAAAUGGGAAGUCGGCAUAGACAGUCACGAUAUAAAGUUCCUAAUAAAGCGAACCGGCGAGGAUGGCACCGAGAGCGUCGUGCACGGACCCAGGAAGGUGUCAGAGGGGCCGUUGGACAUCGGCGUGUUGCCCGUCACAGGACCUUCCACUUAUACCGUCAUAUUUGAUAACUCUAGCUCUUAUCUGCGGAGUAGAAAGGUAUUCUACGACUUACUAAUUACAAUACCGACCAGGGAUCUCAACAUAAGCGACGAGCCAGAUGACAACAGGAGGUAACCUGCCGUUCUCAACAAUUCAUGAGAUUCCUAAUUAACUAAUGUACAACUACUUAGGUUACGUACUUUGUAUAGUUAACUAUAGGUAAUAUAAUCCUUAGUGGACAAAAUCAAAUUGUAAAAAAAAUGUGCUAAAUUCUAUAUAUUGACUGUGUAAAAUCUGUUUACCAUGAUCACCAUAAUGUAAUUAAGUAAUAAUUAAUAAAUAUAAAUCAAUAAUUCCGACCCAAUUCAAGAAUGUUCUGUGAUAAUUUUUGUUUAUGUUUUUAAAAUCAUUCUAAAUUCUGAUGUGGACAAUCUGUUAUACAUCUAUAAAUUUUUAUUGUUUUUUUAGUACCUAAGUGUUGUAAACUAUAUUUCCAAAUUUUAUUUUAGAUAAUAGAUACUACUUUAAUUUUUAUAUGUACUUUAAUAUAAUGUAUUAUGUAUAUAUACAUUUAUAUACCUCGAUCUCAAAUUUUUCAAAAAGACAGUCCAAAUAAAUUUGAUAAUUGUAUUUUUUUUUUCUGCUGAUUUUGAUAUUCAUUAUAAUCUAAGAUAUUUAUGGUAUAGGUAU